UAUAUUUAAUGCCACGAUGAAACGGCCAAUCAAGCCACGGUGAGGGCGACCAAUGCCCCCCCUGACCGCACUGGAGAAGGAAGGGAUGCGCGUUCGACCCGCCUCGAGGACACUCUUAAUGAAUAAUGAUCCCUCUUCUUCCCUCAGGAGAACAACUGAACGGUCAUUUCAAAACAUUCCUUUCAUUGACACUAAUUUCAUUCGUCCCCAGUCUAGGGACUUGGCCAGACCUUUUAACUAACUCCUACCUCUGUUUGUUUUUUUUCCGUCGUGGACUUUUCGUUCUCUCUUUCUCUUCGUCUCUUGGAUCUCGUGCGUGGAUUGACACUCUCUUCCGCUCGUUCUUUUUAACGAUUUGCUUGUUUGUCUUCUUUUUUUGCUUGUUUUUGCUGGCCAUCCAUCCCACGACGUUGCUUUUGGACAUUGAACAUUGUAUACUACGUAUUGAUCUGUCCUUUAUGUCAUGAUCCAGUCCUUUCCCCGGUUCUUCCUCUGAUUCAAUCCUCUACGUCAUGGAAGACAACAAUAUCACGGGAACCGAGUCAGCUGCGCCGGAAGCGUCCCAUGGGUUGCAACGCUCGUCGUCCGACCACUUCGACGACCCGCAACAGCUUCAACUCCGUCAGCAGAAACGCGCCUCUCUU